UAUAACCUAGCUAGCUUGAGCUCUUCGUCUCCCUCUCGCUUGAGCACUCGCCAUGGAGGGUGACCGGAGCAAGGACGCGGCCACCAAGUACCGCGGCGUGAGGAAGAGGCCGUGGGGCAAGUUCGCGGCGGAGAUCCGCGACCCGGAGCGCGGCGGGGCGCGCGUCUGGCUCGGCACGUUCGACACGGCGGAGGAGGCCGCGCGCGCGUACGACCGCGCGGCGUACGCGCAGAGGGGCGCCGCCGCCGUGCUCAACUUCCCGGCCGCCGCCGCAGCCGCCGGCUCUUCCAGCUCCUCGUCUUCCGCGCAGGGCGGCGGCAGGCCGGGUGCCAGCCGCGGCGAGAAGAUCGAGUUCGAGUACCUCGACGACAAGCUCCUCGACGAUCUCCUCGACGACGAGAAGUACCGCGGUAAAUGAAAUCAUGAGAGACGUACUCCUUGUUCUUGCAUGCAUGCACAAGAACAAAAAUGGCCUAAUUAAAUAAACAUAUAAACACACUUAUAUACACACACCAUGUAUAUCUAUACAUAAGCAAACAGUACA